AUGCAAACCUGCCAGCGCAAGGAAGCAGAGAAGCGCCUGUCCUACCUCGGCCUCGAGUGCAUCCACCUUCCCGACUUCGCCAUGACCAAGCCCAAUGGUCCACAUGUACCUAUCCUUGCUCCACCGCCUGACCUCCUCAAGACGCGAAAGCGACUGAUUGUACUGGUAAACGACACCAUGCAAGAUCUAGGCAUCCUGGCGUAUAGACAGUUGCAGCGGGAACUCGGCAUCAACGGUGGCUCAGUCGUCAACUUUGCCAAGGAGAUGGUCAAGUGCUCGGACACUGACAACACCGCUGAAAGGGACGCGAAGAUUUUCAAAGAUGGUCAUGUUCUCCAAGACAAGACUACCACUCCUGCUUUGAUUGUCUUGAACGCGGGCCAGCUGCUGUACUCGCACAAGUACGACCAGGCCAUGACUCUACGCAGUUGGUCCGCCAUGCCACGCAAGUCAAUCGCCCACGACAUGGUCCGCAUCCGUGACAACGAGAACCGUGUUCCAGGUCAUGAAAAUGCCAAGAAACAUGUCAAGACUGUCUUUGACGAAGUCAUCUGCAACCCCGAUCGUGUUGCAGCUGACGCAGAAGUCUACGUCAUCGCUAUUGAAGACGGAACGGAGAGUAUCUUGAACCUGCUCACGCACGACUUCGGCAAGUAUGGUACCCGUAUCACGGCCAUGGCGUUCAUUCACUCCUUGAUCGACGACUCCCAAAUCAAAGAUGAACAGAUUCGCGCUUUCAUGCAUCAGCGCACACGUCAGUGGCGAUUCAGCGAUCUGACAUGCAACCCCCAGCACUGUGUCGACUUACCGACUGACUACAAUCGGCAAGUCAACGGGCCUUGUUCUGCAGACACACCAUCAACCAUGCAAUCAAUCAAGCACAUGUCUUGGCACGCUUCGAUUCCUACAGGCCCAGUCUCGGCUCUAACGAAGGCUUUCCACAGCCUCGCUCUCAGCGUCACCUCUUCGGCCGGGGCUUCCACUCCAACCGCAACAUCAACCUCUACUAGUGGAGAAGAAAGCACAGAAUGGUCCUCGGGUCAAGCUGUCAUCUGCCCUACCUUCGCGGGCGGCGACAAUUCGGUUGGUGAAUGCAUCUUUACCUACCCUCCCACCCAGCAUGCCAUUCUCUCUUUCUUCCAAGACGUCGCGCAAGACCCGGUCCACUAUCGCAACCCACCUGGCCUCCAAAUCUUUACCGAAGCCCCCAAGCCCAGCCCCGAAAAUCCUCUUGCACUAUCUUCAGACCACGAGAAUGACGCUGGGCUCUACUUGCAAAAUCUCUUGCCGCAGACGACGUCUGAGCACGCUGAGCUAGAUGAAGCUCGCGAGCGGCUCGCUGAGUUACAAGUUGCCUUGUCUGCCUGCCCUACUGAUGCUGCAGAGCUAGACAAGGGUCGCGUGAAGUUGGAAGUUAAGGUGAAGAGCAUGGAGGCGAAGAUUGAGGCUUUAGAGAUCAAGGCGCUGAGUCACGGCGGACUGGCCGCGGGUGAAGUGGUCGAGAAGCGCGAGGAUUGGAAGCCGCAGGUUGAGGGUCCCCAGGUACCAUUUGCAGGGACCAUGGUGGAUAGUGAACUAUUGAAGGCGGCGGGGCUCAUGGAGUCUGUGGAUGAAGAAAAGGCUUUUGUUUGA